AUCUCAUAUAUGCACUUAUAAGGUAGUUAUAGUAGAUAGCCUGAUAGCCUGAUAGGGUACAGUACAGUAACACGUUCUAGCCUUAGAUACUGGUCGCGUCUCAAGUCGCGUCAGCCGCCCAAAUUGUAAUAUCAUCCUACCUUAAUUCCUUCAGACCAUUGACCCUUACCCUUAUCUGACAAACGGUCUACUCCUAACCGCCCGCUACUACAUACUUAGUACCACCUAUUUGGGUCUCAUACCAACAAUCCAAAUUCUACAAUUUGUAUCGUUUGUCUCAGUCCCAAUCCAUCCCCUCUUUCAAAGAUCAAGGGAGAAAAGGGAAGACCAAAAAAAAAGAAAAAGAAAGGCUCAACACUAAAUAUCAUCCAUUACUUACCCACUUGCCACUUACUCGUUAUAAAAUUCAAUUGAAUUAAAAUUGAAUUCUAUCUGGAAACAAACACGACCAAUUGGCGAAGUGGCCAUGCCCUCCGCCACUAAUAAGCGCUCUCGUCGCGCUGCAUUCGACGACGACGACGACGACGAGGGCAAUGGCAAUGGCAAUGGCGUUACCAUUGUUCAAGCUAGCUCCAGCCUUAAAGGCGACACUCAGCGCAAGAAAGUACGCAUGUCAAACGCAGGCCCCAGCAGUAAAUCAGCGCGGGCAUCCCGCCGAGAAGACACUCCUGUUUCUGGCGACGAAGAUGACGUGAUGCAAGACCGGGAAGAGACUCCUACCCCACCGGCUGCGACGCAGUACGAGAUGAUGCGCGAUGAUGGAUUUAAACAUCUAGAGAAUACCGAUCUAGACGACCAACGAGCAACACAGCUUUUGAAAAGCCGCCCGCAUACCCUCGGCGAGAACCAGGUAGCCCUCAACGCUAUUAUCGAGAAAAUUGUCUGCUGCCAGUUUAUGUGCCAUACGCGAUUGAGUGUGGAGCUCGGCCCCCUACUCAACUUCAUCGUAGGAGAAAAUGGAAGUGGCAAGAGUGCCGUUCUCACCGCCAUCACCCUAUGCUUAGGCGGCAAAGCUAGCGCGACGAAUCGUGGUGGCAGUUUACGAAGCUUUGUCAAGGAAGGCCAAGAGCAUGCCUCCCUAGAGGUCAAGAUCAAGAAUCAGGGUCCUGAUGCUUACAAGCCAGAUCUAUUUGGACAGUCCAUCAUUGUCGAACGACAUUUCAGCAAAUCUGGCUCCAGUGGGUUCAAACUGAAAGAUGAGCAGGGCAGAACCAUCUCUACGAAAAAGGCUGAUGUGGACGACGUUGUCGAGUACUACUGCCUCCAGGUCGACAACCCCCUUAACGUACUCUCUCAGGACAAUGCGCGCCAGUUCCUCAAUGCUGCUACCCCGGCUGCCAAGUACAAAUACUUUGUUCAAGGAACCCAACUGGAACAGCUUGAUCAAGAUUAUCAGCUCCUCCAGGAAACCCUCGAGGCUAACGAGACGAGAUUGAUCGCUUACGAGGAAGAUAUUGGACUGCUAAAAGAAAAGAGUGAGAAAGCGGUCAAGCUAAGAGACGCAAUCACCAAGAGCGCAGAGAUGCGCAGACAGUCCAAGUUGUACUCAAACCAGUUGGCAUGGGCCCAGGUCAUGGAAGAGGAGAAUGAUCUGCAGCGGAAAGAAGACGCCAUAAUGGCAGCCCAAGAACAGAUCAUCCGGACGGAAGGGACGAUUGAAGAGAAGACCCAGAUUCUUGCCACAAUCGACGAUAAGAUCCGUGAAGCGGGGGAAGUAUUGGGCAACCUCCGCCAAGAGGAAAGCCAAUUCAAAGAGCAAGAAGAUGAAGCCAAGUUCAAUUACAACCAGGCCAAAGGUCAAGUGGUGGAGAUACAUACCCAAGAGAGAGACAUUCAUCAACAACUUACGAAUGCCUCCAAACGGGUCAAGGAUAUCGAGAGAAAAAUACGCGAAGAAGAGCAACGCCUGGAAGACGUGAAUGGCGGAGCUCUUGCUGAGAAACAGUCAGAGCUAGACAGUGCCAAAAAAGUCGUAGAAGAUAUCCGGGAGGCCUUAAAGGCUCACAGCAACACUACUCCUAGUCUCCUCGAAGAACUGAAUGAAGCUCAAAAGAAGGUGGCAGAAUCCGACGAGCUCGUCGCACAGAAGAAGAAAGAAGUGUCGGAUGCAGAAUCACGACUGCAAACUUUGUCUCAAAACCGUGGCGAUCCGCUCGCUGCGUUCGAUAGACAAAUGCCCCAGCUUCUGCGAAUUAUUGAUAGCGACAGUAGCUUCUCGCAAAAGCCCAUCGGCCCUAUCGGCACCUUCAUCCAGCUAACGAAACCUCAGUGGUCAGCCAUCCUUGAGAAGGUGUUCGGAGGUAACCUAAACGGAUUUAUAGUCGCGAGUAAGCGUGAUCAAACACGGCUAUUCUCUCACAUGGAACGAUUGGGAAUCCGAAAUAGCCCCAUCCUCAUAAGUUCGGGGACUUCGCUUCGGAAUUUGAAGGAGCCAGACGAAAGCUUCGACACGAUCCUAAGAGCGCUGAAGAUUAGUGAUCCACGCGUGAGAGAUCAGUUGGUUAUCAAUCACAACAUCGAACAGACUAUUCUAAUCGAGAACCGCUCAGAGGGUGAGCGCGUCAUGUUAGACGGACAACCACCGCAGAAUGUCACCGCCUGCUUGUCAUUCCAGGAAAAGAAACGAGGCCACGCUGUACGAAUCACAAAUCGCGGUCAGAGUUUGGGCACCACCCCAAUCGCCCCCAGCUAUGACCAAAAGUCCCGCAUGAAGACGGAAGACGUGGAGUCACAAGUUAAUUACUUUAAAGACACCCUCGACCAACUUCGGGCGGAGUUUCGAGAGUUGGACAUGGCGAGGAGAAUGGUGCAGCAAGCGGACCAACGUUGUAACCAGAAUCUCAAGCAGCACAAGAAAGAAGGCAUGACGCUCGAGAAGAAUUUGCGCAACGCUCAAGCACAAGUCACGCAUAUUGAAGAGGAACUUGACAAGUUUGAAGGCGUUGAUAAUAAAUUGCAAGGGUAUAAAAUGGAUCUCCAAGAAGCUCAGGCUCAGAAGGACCACUACGGAAACCAGUAUGGCGAACUAGCCAUACAGAAACAAGAGAUAAACAAGGAGGUAGAGGGCCUCAAGCAGGUCCUCGAGCAAGCCAAAAUGGCUGCGCGAGAGCAUAAAACAAGAAUCGUCAAGGCCGAAGACAAGACCAAGAGAUACGACGAGACCCGACGGGUAGCCUUAGUUGAGAAGAACCAAGCUUACGAGAAUCUGGGAUUGGCAAAGGAGGAAAAGGCUGGUGCAGAAAGAGCGAGGCAAAGACAGGCAGACCUUGUGGCAGAUUAUAUACGACAGGCAAGCGCUGUCGCUCCUGAACGAGCUUACAUACCUGAAGGGGAAACCGUUCGGAGCAUCGAGCGCAAAUUCGAGUCCAUCAGGGAUCAGUUGAAGAAGAUCCGUGGCCAGUUAGGUGCAUCGGAUGAAGAAAUCCAGAAUCGCGCGUCGCAAGCAAUCUCAGAAUAUCGGGAGGCUAAGAAAACCCACAAGAAUCUAACUUCGCUUGUUGAUGAAUUGAAGAAAGCGUUGAUGGAUCGGCUGCGCAAGUGGAGAACUUUCCAGCGGCUCAUAUCUGCGCAUGCUCGAUGCAAUUUCAACUAUCUGCUCAGCGAGCGUGGCUUCAGGGGUGAGCUUUUCCUUGAUCACAAGGCCAAGAGACUACAAGUUCAAGUCGAGCCCGAUGAGACGAGAAAGAGUAGCUCGGGCCGAAAUACCAAGACAUUGUCCGGUGGGGAGAAAUCAUUCUCUUCUAUAUGUCUUCUCCUCGCCAUCUGGGACGCUAUGGGAUCUCCCCUGCGGUGCCUUGACGAAUUCGACGUGUUUAUGGACAAUGUUAAUCGUGCCAUUAGCACGAACAUGUUGAUAACGACGGCUCGUCGAUCUGUUGGCAAGCAAUUCAUUCUCAUUACCCCUAAUGCUAUCGAAGGCCGAGCAAAAAUCGACAAAGAUGUCAAGAUUAUCAGACUCACGGACCCUCGACAGACACGCCUGGCAGACCAUUAAUGCCACAAGUUGAAUCUCUUUUCUGAGUUAUAAUGAUACCCUCCCGCCAUGAAUUUGUUUCUGGUGUCCAUUGAUCCGGUCCGGGGCGUUCGGAGGCUGUGUUCGGUAACAUCAAGGGA